AUGGUCGGCGGCUGGGGCGCGCCGGGGACGCACCUCCUGAGCGAGCGGAAGAUGAAGAUGGUCGAUUCGUUCGCGGAGGUGGUGGACGGCGACGAGCCGCUGAACUUGCAGAUGUUUCACAGGGACGACACGUCCGUGCCGGCGUUGGCGAGAUCUCUGGCGUGGCCGCUGCCGGAGUUUUUCUCCGUCGAGCGCGAGGCGGGCGACGGCGACGAGAGCGGCGACGAUUCGUCUGACGAAGACGAACCGUCGCCUUCGUCUUCGCGAGGACGGCACUCCGCGUCCGCGGACGGCACCCCGGUCGCCGCGCUCCCCGCGCAGGGCGCGCUGUACAAGACCGGAGGCGUCGGCGUCCCGUUGGACCAGGCGACGCGUCUCAGCGCCGCGAACGCGUUGACGUGGUGGCAUCUCGACGACUGCGGCGAGUUCGUGUUCCAAGUCGCGCUUCCUCUGGACCUCGACGCGGAGGCGGAGAGAUACGCCGAGAGAGGGAGAAGAAGAAGAAGAGGACGGUCGGCGAGCGGCGGCGCGGGGGAAGACGAAACGUCAACCGCCGAGCCGCCGCCGUCGCCGCCGCGCGUGUUGCUCGGCCCGACGGGCAAGCCCGUGGUGAAAUUAUUCGUCUUCGCGCGGAGGGAGGAUUACGAGUGGAUCUCCCAGGACGGCGUGAUGAACCAGACGAUGAAACAGAGCGCGCUUGAUCUGUUCGACACCCCCGACGACUUCUUGCCGACGCCUCAGGAGCUGACGCCGCCGUUCAGCGACGCGCCGCUCGGCGGCGCGUACGCGCCGGGGUCGAGAACCGCCGCCGGCGCCGACGGCGACGCGGCGGCGACCGCGGCGAAGCUUCCCGUCUUCUGGGUCGCCCCUCUCGAAGCGGGAGGGUGCCCGCUGCUCUCCCCGCCCAACGUCAUCCACCUCGUGAUGACCCUGCGCGACUGCGUCAUGGUCGAAGAGCGAAGACUGUCGCUGCUGUGCGUCGACGAGGUGCAGUACUUCCAACGCCGAGCCGCGCGUUGGUGCGAACCGCCUGUGGAAUAUCGGUUCCUCCGAGAAGACCUCGCGGACGCCGCGCGGUGCGCGCGGCACGCGGUCCGGCCGCUCCUUCGCGCGCUCAGAUUGGGCGCGCGCGACGACGAUGACACCGACGGCGUGCGGUGGGCGCGAGCGAGGAACGCGCUGGCGACGCUGAGCUCGGAUCGGGAGAGAUACGCGAUGGACGAGCGGACGCGCGCGAAAGUGGCCGCGGCGCUCGCCGCCGCGGAGGCGUGGGCGGCGACCGGCGACGCCGCGGCGACGCGCGCGGCGAGGAGAUCGAGGGAGGAUCCGAGGGCGGCGGCGCACGGCGCGCUGCUCGCGGCGAUGACGCGCGAGGGGGAGAAGAACGCGCACGAUUUAAACGCGACGGCGAUUCGCGGCGGCGGCGGCGGCGGCGGCGCGGGGCCGUUCUGCGCGGUCGCGCACGAGAGAGGUCGCCCGCGGUGGGGCCCGGCGCGGGCGACGCGGGAGCAGGCGGCGGCGGACAGGAAAGAGAUGCGCCGCGCGGUGAAGGAGGGGACGCUCGCGGAGUUACUCUCGCGAUGGCGCGGGGGGUUCCGACGACCGAGUCAUUAGUCGUAAAAAUACAGAUAAUAGAAAUACAGC